AUGCAUUUUCGUCCAUGUCGUUUCCUUAAAAUAUUAUCUUUUGUUGUAUGUUUAACAAUUGGAAUAUUUCAUGUCCAUCGUUUAUUCUGUGUUUCAAUGAAAAAUGAGUUAAUAAUCAAUAAAGAAUCUCUUCCAUUAACUUCAUUUGAUUCAAAUAAAGAAUUUCAAGAAAUUUCUGAAAAUAUGUCACCAUUCUAUAUUCCUCUGCCCAAUUUUUUUGAUGAUGAAGCAAAGAAUUGGUUUUAUAAUUCAACAUAUUAUAAAAUCAAUUCAAACAAAUGUCCAAAGAAAUCUUGUGAAGAAAAUGGAGUUUUAUUUAAUGAUAUGAAAGAACAUCUUUCAGUUAAAAUUGCUUUUGUAAAAAAUGGUCUCUAUUUAAAUGAUGAUUGUGGCUAUAAUUAUCAAGAUAAAUCUAUUAGAAGGACAUUUGAAAGAGAAAGUGAUACAACAGUUAUUUAUGAUAAAGCUAUUAUUUAUACAGUUCCUGAUGGAUGGAGUUUUCAACAUUUUCUUGAUGGAAUUGGACCCAAACUAUCUCAUUCUAGAUCAUAUUUAGAUAAAUAUCCCGACGCUAAAGUUAUUAUAAUAAGAGGUGCUCGAUUUGAUCGAUCUGUCAAAGAAAUUUGGUCAAUGCUUGGAGUUGACGAAUCUUCACGCAUAAUUCAUUAUUCGCCAAAUAUGAAAAUUGGUGCUCGUCUAUUGAUAAAUCCAUGUCGUACUCCUGGCAUCCAUCCUCGUUUAUGGCAUGAUGCACGUGAAAUGUAUUGGUCGAUAUCAAAUUUAUCGAAAACAUUUGAUGCAAGGAAUCGAAAAAAUUUCAUUUAUAUUCAACGUACAUCAAGGAAUGCAAUGAAUGGAGCUCGACUUAUCUUAAAUGAACAACCAUUUAUUGAUUUAUUAAAAGAAUUUUGUUUAAAAAAUUCUCUAAACUAUAUUCAAUAUGAUCAUUCAAAAGAUUCAAAUCAUAUAAAACAUCGUAUUGAACUUUUUUAUAAUGCUAAAUAUAUAAUUGGUGUUCAUAGUGGAGCUCUAUCAAAUAUGAAUUUUGCUCAAUCAAAAACAACAAUUAUUGAAAUCAUGCCUUUUCGAUCCAGUGCAAGUUCUCUUCCAAUGACUUGUUCGAUGUUUAAUCCAACAGAUUUAAAAGCAUGUGCUGGUUACAUAUUAUAUACUCAGUCUCAAUUACUUAAUCAAACAUAUUGGAUUUUACCUACUGUUGUUAAUGAUCAAGGAAAUAUGAAUGUUGAUUUAAAUAGAUUAAAAAAGCUUUUACAAAAACUCUAA